AUGACAACAUCACCGGAAUCUGUGGAAACGUUUCCGAGUACUCAGGCCUAUUCUAAUAAUCCAGGUUAAACUUUUUCAUUUAUUUCCUACAUUAUUGCAAGUUUUUAGGUUCUUAUGAGGAACUUCAUAGGAAAGCGAGGGAUGUUUUUCCAACUUGUUUUGAGGGCGCAAAGUUGAUGGUUAACAAAGGAUUGAGCUCCCAUUUUCAAGUACACUGCAUAUGUUAAUUUGAUAAAAUUUGGAUAAAAAUUUAGGUUUCACACACCCUGUCCCUUUCUCCCAUGAACACGGGUUAUAGAUUUGGUGCCACUUACGUUGGAACAAAUCAGGUUGAUUUUUGUCAUAAUUUAUAUUCAAGAAAAAAAAAUAAUGUUUAGGUUGGACCAGCUGAGGCUUACCCUAUCUUGUUGGGAGACACCGACGUCAGUGGGAACACUACGGCCACUUUGCUUCAUCAAAUCGGUUCGAAAUUUUCUCCACGAAAUCAUUCGACAAAGAGGCUUCAGGCGUUUGGCGAACGAAAAUCCAAGGUCAAGUUCAGCAAGGAAAACUCGCAGGAGCUCAGGCUACUUUCGAAAGAAGGUAGGUAUUUUUGGGAAUUUUGCUCAUUUUUUUUUUCAUUCUGGUUUGAAAAUAAUGACUUCAGUCUUAUAGAUAGCAAAAAUUUUUGAUGGAUUGUUUUUUUGUUUGCAACGCUCGACAUUUCAUAAUAAUUUAAUGGAGAACACAAUUUGAGUUGAAGUAGAGCCUAAUUCACUUCCCUCUUGUAACUAAUUCAUCUCUUUUUGUUAGUGGUUUUCUCUUCUUUUUCUUAAUUGUUCUAAAACUUCCAAAAUUAGACACUAAGCGUCAUGAGUUGAAACUUUACGAUUUUUCUGUAGGUUAAAGCGAUUGGAGUCUGCCGCAUCGUCAUUCAAAGUUAUUAUAAUUCAAAAUGAAGUUCUAGUUUCAGUCAUCAGCUAACGACAUCUACGAGAUUGUACCCCAAAAAAAUUUUUUAAACUUAAGAAAAAUUUCAAAAAAUCUUAGAAGCGAUGAGCCAAUCAAUUUUUUGAAGACCUUAAUUAGUAGAUACCGAGUUUUAGCCAUUUAUUUUUCAUUUUGAACCAGUCAAUUAAACGCUUUUCGCCAUACUUUUUUGUGGCUCAACGUUGAGACCGAAAACUUGGUUUUGUCAAAAUUUUUACCGAGAAGUUGAACAUUUGUCAGUUCGCCAAGUUAGGGCUCGAAGUUCGUUUUGAAAAAUUCUUUCGGGUGGCUUCAGAAUAACGAGUGGGAAGUUAUGUCUGUGAAGGGGUUUCGAAAACUUUUUUUUUUGUAGGUUUUAGAACGUUAAUAAAAGUGUCUUCAAUAUUAAUAAGUCUUGUUCAAAUGAAGUCUAACUUUCGGAAGUUUUUGGUUUUAGAGGCAAUUUUCAUGCUUUUUGAGAAAUAUUUUUGUGGCGUUUGCAGCUGAAAUUUAUAGGUGCGUGAAUUAUUACGGAUAAAAUUUAACCUAUUUUUUUAAGAUACAUUUUUUAGAUAAGCGCGAAUUCUGUCGUUUAUCGGCCAGCUUUCUUUUCAGUGACCUUACAACUUUGUGUACAGUUAUUGAUAGGGGAAAUGAAGUCGAUAAAGUUUCGCGUUAAACUUUUUAAGAAUUAAAUUUAUUUUUUUUAUGCUUUUCUUUGGGAGUUAUAGUUUCGACCAUGUUCAGAGGUCGUCUAUCCACACUAGGCCUCACGUUGGCCAACAUCGAUGUAGUGAGCGAAAGCGGAAUUAUGGUCGGACAGCUUCUCAGACGACUCACGAACCGUUUGGACAUCGGAGCUGAAAUCGUCUAUCAGUAUGGAAAGCAGAUCCCUGGUGAUUAUUUUUUUGCAAAUGAUUCAAACGACGUACUAAUUUGAAAAAAAGAGGAGCACACUUUAAGUGGGCUUAUUGACAAACUGAAAAAAGUUCAUCGUAAUUGUCGCUUGAUUUUCAAAGUUUUCAAAAAGAUGAUCGAAAAAACAACAGAAUAAAAAAAAAGCGAAAAAUUGAUAUAAAAAUUAGAAAUUUUUUCUACGGGACUAGUUUGCUCAAGAUUUUUUUGUUCAUAAAAUCAGUUGUUUUUUCUUUCUAUCAUUGUUGGUUCAGGGAGCCAAAUCUCUGUUUUAUCGUACGCGGCGAGGUAUUCCGCACCAUUUUGGACGGCCGCCGCAACCCUUGGCAGCACUGGUAAAUUGAUGUUUUCUUGCUGUUUUUCAUGCUAAAUCGAUUGAAGAACAGUUUCAAAAUUCAGCGAAAAAGUUUUCAGGCGCUCAUCUUACUUAUUAUCAUAAGCAAGCAGACAACCUUGCCUUCGGAGUCGAGUUUGAAUGCAACGCGAAUGUAGGAGAGGUAAGUCGACGUUAGAGAUAGCUUUGUUUUUUUUUUCAAUAUCUCUUGUUGCCUUUUUAGAAAUAGCGGUUCGGUGAAUUAUGCGUUUUUUGCUAAAUUUUUUUCAUUAAAGUUUAUUCUUGUUUCAACUCUUUAAAUUUCAAUAAAAAAAUGUACAGUUCCCUCAGAAUGCGCGCUUUUUAGAUACUGUACUUUAGAGAUGGAAAAUUCGUUGUCGUAGCACCAAUAAUCUCGAAUUUUUUUCAUUUUUCAACAAAGGCUGUUGCUUUUUCAGAAUGAGUAAUAAUUUCCGUUUUAAAAUCUUAAAAAUCUUGAGCGGUGUGUUAAAACGAAUUGAGCAAAAUAAAUUCCGGCGGUGGUAGGAAGAAAAGACCAUCGAAAUUUCGAACAGCGACUUUUCAGAUUUUUUCAUAUAGCUAGGAAACUUUCCGACUAAUCCUUUUCUGACUUUUUUUUUCUCGAUAAACUCUUUGUUUUGAAUCUUCCUCUAUAAAAUAGGUAAUUGAUUCAUGAGCAAAAAACGAAAAAAAAAUAGGAAAAAAAAUUAAAUAAAAGUUUUGUGAAUUGUAAAAACAAGGGAAAAAAGCUGGAAAGGCUUUAGUCGGACUUUUUGUUUUUUUCAUGAGAAAAUUCGAGUAUUAAGACUUGGAAUUCUUCAUACAUUCGGUCUUCAAACAUGAGUUGUCGUCAGAAAAAAAGAACUAGAGAAAACAAAAUUCGAUAGUAAUUUUUUUAAAAAGGUGUUUAUAUUAUAUUCCAAUUUUAGAAUUCCCCUUAUUUUUUUAAUUACCUCUUAACGAAAUUGCAGGCUGUUACGACGAUUGCUUAUCAAGCGGAGCUUCCCGAGGAAGGCGUCACCAUGCGAGCCAGCGUCGACACUAACUGGUUCCUUUUAAAAGUUGAAAAAAAUAUCCAACUGUUUUGCAGUUUAAAUUGAAGUAGUAAUUUCAUUGCAGUGAGGCUUGCAUUUCAUUUCAAGUGUUUAUUCGCCUUUCCGCAAUCUGCACGACAAAUACAACAGAUAAAGUAUCAUAUAAAUCUAACAGCUAAUUUGGGGAAACGGCUGGAGGAAAAGAUUGUCUGAAUAGACGGUGCUAACCCCAUUUGGUAUUUAAUUUUUUUCGUAAUGAAUAAAAUGAGAAAAAAAAUUUCUCGCAUUAUUAGUUAGUAUUUCAAUUGAUCAUUAGUACACGAGUCGGUAGUUGAAUAGAAUUUUAAACUCAUUGAAAAUUCGAAAACAAAAAAAAACAAUUCCUUUGUUUUUCGGUAUUUUUGAAGAUCUUCAUUCCGUGUAAAAUCUUCAUUCCGUGUAAAAUCUUCACUCGAAGUGGUAGCUCUCAUUCUGAGGCUUCCAUCUAGAGCACGGUCUCCGGGCUCCAGCACAACAUAUGCUACAUUCUGAGCUCGUCAAGGCGCAACUGGAUACACUACGCGCAGAAGGACGAGACGAAGGACCGUAAGACCAUGCUUUCAACUCUUUCGUCUACACGUUUGGACUUCUAGCUCGCCAAAGGCGGUUGUUCGUUAUAGCUUUCAAAGUUCUUGUUCACCGCCUAGUCGAUACAUCUAUGACUAAACCAACAAAAUAAAUGAUUUGAUAAAUGAUUUGAAGAUGAAAUAUAAGCUUUUCCAGUCUUGAGCGACUGAAAACUUGUUUCAUUACAACUAAAAGCAGAAAAUCGCCAAUCAGUUUGAUUUCCAAUCAAACAACCAACCAACCAAUGAGCUCUGCGGAAAAAAAUAACAAUGGAAUCUGCUGCAGCUAGGUUCAUCUAUAGGGUUUUCUUUUUCCGUUUAGUUGGAUUGAAGCCUCUUCUGAAAUUUUCUAGAAGAUUCCUUGAAUGGUCGUUUCUUGAAAUGGAGCAGUUUUCUCAACCAUGAUUUCAGGUCGGUUGGUGGAGUCUUCGAGAAAAGACUCAGCCAGCAGAUGCCUUUCACGCUGGCUCUAUCAGGAACUUGGAACCAUGUUAAGGUAAACUUCUUCCUUUAGUUUGAACUUCUGACUUGUUCUCUUUAGGCUGCUGGCAAGUUCGGUAUUGGUCUCAUAAUCGGUUAA